GUUUACAUUGUGUCCCUCGCAGCCCAAGGGAAAUUCUCGGCCCAGGAACCGUUUGAAAAUCGCUCUUCAAUAAUGGAUAAAAAGGAAGAGGGGGAGAUUUCUGAUGACAAUGAGGACAGUUUUGAUCUGGUAUACAAACCUGUGUCUCGUCCCGAUGCCUCCCAGUACCGCCAUGCCCCUCGUCACAUGCCCUCAAGUGAUGAAGAAUAUUCAUCAGACUCAGACUCAGAUGCGCCAAGCAUCCCCAAACGGAAACGCCCAAACGUCAGCAAGAUGGAGACCAGCACAGUUGAAAGUCACGACCCCAAAGGCUGGACAGUAGGAAGUGGAGAAUUAGAAGCCAGACACAUUGCCAAACCCAAACGUAGAAAUAACAUUUGGUCGACAGUCAUGGAGGAACAGGUUUUGUCACAAGAAAUUGGUGGUUUUGGCCUGAAGCGCAGACUAGACCAGGGCGAUCGGAGUGUUGAGUCCUACGAUUACUCCCAGGCUCUGAGAGUGCACGGGAGUGAGCCAGAAAAUUCAGAAGAAGAAGAAACGGAAGAGUUGAAGAAAAAGAGAAUGGACAGAAAGCGCCACGUGAAGGAGCGUCUUGGCUACAGAAAGCCCAAGAUGGAGGGCUCGCCUCGAGAGCUGGUGGACUUGAGCCUGGAGGAUGACACCAUGACGGACGAGGAGGUUGGACUCUCCAUCGCCGAGGGACUUCAUGAGAGGAAACCAGAACUCAUAGUGCGAGUGGUGGAGGUCCUAGGACGCGAAAAGGCCCUUGAGCUAUACAAAGAGACGCAGAAAGUGGAGCGCGAAGGGGGCCUCAUGAUCUUGAAUGGCUCAAGAAGAAGAACCUCGGGCGGCGUGUACCUGCAGCUACUGAAGAACGUGCCAACAGUGGGCAAGGCGGAACUCACCAAGAUCUUCCCACAGGAGGAGUCAACACAGCAGUGGAGAAAGCGCAAGAGAGCGCACCGCAAACGAGAGAGACACGAGUCUAAGCCACAGGGUGAGGAUGUGAGCGAAGAGGGGCUGCACCUGGGGGGCCUGUUCUCAGACGACCCAGGGGGUGCCAAGUGCCCCGGCUCGACCCCUGUGACCUCCCCACAGCCUUCAGACAAUGAGGAGGACCUGGCUGGAUCCACG